CUUCUCAGGCGUAAACCCGCCUCCUGAUUGGCCCUCUGGCAUGUCGCUUAGCUUAGACUAGUUCACCUCGGGACGCACUAGCAGCCUCCUGUCAGAACCCGGGCGGGUGUCAGACUAAGCAGGGGGCUGUGCCACCGCUCCGGGGAAUGAAGGCGAUAACAGCCUGGAUGUAAGCCCCUGUUCCCCGUUCUCUUUCCCCCCCUCCUCUUCCUCCCUCCCUCCCGGACCAAAGAUGGCGGGCGGCUCCAUCACACUGCCCACUGUCAACAUGGCGGCGCGCAGUCACGGCCGGGUCCUGUGUCUGGUGAUGAUGAUGUUGCUGCUGGCGCUGAGCAGUUGCCUGGCCGCCGCCGAAGAGGAGGAAGCGGAGACCGAGAUCAUCGGGCUGCGGCUGGAGGAUACCGACGACGUGUCGUUCAUGGACAGCGGGGCGCUGCGGGUGAGCGAGAGGACCCGGGUGAAGCUGCGGGUGUACGGGCAGAACAUCAAUAACGAGACAUGGAGCAAGAUCGCCUUCACCGAGCAUCCGCCGCCCUGGGUGACAGUAGAGGGACCGGAUCCUGGCAGCGGCCGAGAGGGCUUCCACCCCUGCGGGAUCCGGACGUCUGACAUCCUGAUCCUCCCGCACAUCGAGCUGAGCCGCAGCAGCUCCGGCAUCGUGGAGAUCGAGAUCAAACCCCUGCGGAAGACGGAGAAGAGCAAGGCUUAUUACCUGUGCACCUCCGUGUCCAGCCCCCCACCCAGUCCCGGUGCCCCCCAACCCUGGAUCGAGACCACCUGGGUCUACCACCUGGGGGACGACACCAGGGUCAUUGUGGUUGAGGAGAAGAAGUUCUUGUUGCCCUUCUGGCUCCAGGUCAUCUUCAUCGCUCUCCUCUUGUGCCUGUCCGGCAUGUUCAGUGGCCUCAACCUUGGACUCAUGGCUCUGGACCCCAUGGAGCUUCGGAUUGUCCAGAACUGCGGUACUGACAAAGAGAAGAAUUACGCCAAGCGGAUCGAGCCGGUACGCCGUCAGGGCAACUACCUGCUGUGCUCCCUGCUCUUGGGUAAUGUGCUGGUCAACACCACCCUGACCAUCCUUCUGGAUGACAUCGCCGGCUCAGGCUUGGUGGCCGUGGUGGUCUCCACCAUUGGCAUAGUCAUUUUUGGCGAGAUUGUGCCCCAGGCCAUCUGUUCUAGGCAUGGCCUGGCGGUGGGGGCCAACACCAUCUUCUUGACUAAGUUCUUCAUGAUGAUGACCUUUCCGGCCUCGUACCCGGUCAGCAAGUUGCUGGACUGCGUCCUGGGACAGGAGAUCGGGACUGUGUACAACAGGGAGAAACUGCUGGAGAUGUUGCGGGUGACUGACCCUUAUAAUGACCUGGUCAAAGAGGAGCUCAACAUCAUCCAAGGGGCUCUGGAGCUCAGGACCAAAACGGUGGAAGAUGUCAUGACCCCCUUGAGAGAUUGCUUCAUGAUGGCCGGGGACGCCAUCCUAGACUUCAACACCAUGUCCGAGAUAAUGGAGAGCGGGUAUACCCGCAUCCCCGUCUACGAGGGCGAGAGGUCCAACAUUGUGGAUCUCCUCUUUGUCAAGGACUUGGCCUUUGUGGACCCCGAUGACUGCACUCCCUUAAAGACCAUCACUAAGUUCUACAAUCACCCUCUGCACUUUGUCUUCAAUGACACCAAGCUAGAUGCCAUGCUGGAAGAAUUCAAGAAAGGCAAAUCCCACCUGGCAAUAGUACAGCGGGUGAACAAUGAAGGAGAAGGGGACCCAUUUUACGAAGUCCUUGGGAUUGUUACCCUGGAAGAUGUUAUUGAAGAAAUCAUUAAAUCUGAAAUCUUAGAUGAAACAGAUUUAUAUACUGAUAACAGAACAAAAAAGAAAAUUACCCAUCGAGAGAGAAAACAAGAUUUCUCUGCUUUCAAGCAGACCGACAACGAGAUGAAGGUUAAAAUAUCACCACAACUUCUCCUGGCUAUGCACCGUUUCCUAGCAACAGAAGUGGAUGCCUUUAGCCCAUCUCAGAUGUCAGAGAAGAUUCUUCUGAGGCUGCUCAAACAUCCCAAUGUCAUCCAGGAACUAAAAUUCGAUGACAGGAACAAGAAGUCUCCUGAAUACUACCUCUACCAGCGUAAUAAGCCGGUGGAUUACUUUGUGCUGGUUUUACAGGGUAAAGUGGAAGUGGAAGCCGGGAAGGAAGGGAUGAAAUUUGAAGCUGGUGCCUUUUCUUACUAUGGAGUGAUGGCACUCACAGCGUCACCAGUUCCCUUGUCCCUGUCUCGUACCUUUGUUGUCAGCAGAACAGAAUCCUUAGCUGGUUCUCCAGCGGAGAAUAAGUCACCACCUCGCCCUUGUGGACUAAACCAUUCGGACUCUCUAAACAGAAGUGAUCGAAUCGACGCUGUCACACCAACACUGGGUAGCAGUAACAACCAGCUAAAUGCUUCGUUUUUGCAAGUAUAUAUUCCCGAUUAUUCUGUGAGAGCCAUAACAGACAUGCAGUUUGUCAAGAUUACAAGACAGCAGUACCAAAAUGCCCUAAUGGCUUCACGAAUGGACAAAACCCCACAAUCCUCAGACAGUGAAAAUACUAAAAUUGAAAUGACUCUAACAGAGCUACAUGACGGGUUAGCCGAUGAAACAGCAAAUCUGCUAAAUGAACAGAACUGUGUAUCACACAACAAGUCCAAUCACAGUAUGCACAAUGAAGGGCCCAUCUGAGCCAGUGUCACGCAGCUUGCUAAAAUUCAGGACGAUCUCCACUCCAUACUCCAGCUUCAUUCCUGGAUUUCUGUCUCUGCGACAAAAACACAUUGAGUACGUGCACCUGCCACGUGUCACCCAGCAUCCUGAGACCAAAGAUUCUGAGCCUAUCCGUGGCCGGACCUGAUGAGAUUACCCUUAAAGCAUGGGGGACACGCUUCUUAAGAGAGAACACAUAAUAUGCUAGGGAUUGAUGUGUAAGACCAAAAAUGAUAAUCCUCAAUUACAAAAAUUUGGAAAGAAAUAUGUUAUUUCUUCUUGCCCGCGUCUUGAAAUUCACUCCAAUUUUAUUACGUUUUUUGUUUGUAAAAAAUGUGCAGUCUGAGUGCCUAACAGUGGUCCUAGUGGUCACGUUUAGGAAUUCCCUGCUUUGUCCAAGCUAUUACCUUGUUAAUGGGAUUAUCCUCUAAGUGACAUUAGAACAAUUUUUUAAAUAAAUCUAAAAUGUAAAAAAAAAUGCAGUAGAUAAAACUAAGAUAUUUGCUAUGUUUGAGAAACCGGCUAGGUUUCCAGACAUGUGUCCAGCCAGUAAAGAGAUUUGGGUUACAACCCGGAAAAUGGUGCUGAUAUAGAUGCAGAAUUUCCCUAAAUAAAGUGUGGAUUAUUGAAUGCAAAUCAAGUCAUAAACUUGCUUUAACUGAGCCAUUAUGUCUUAUAUGCCACAAUGUGGCCAGAUUUUCAACCCAUAAAUAGUCACACUAAACUUGCCAAUCAGAAAUUAAAUCUUAACUAUCCUAGAAUUGUAUUAAUUCCAAUAUUUUGCCUACAUUCUUUCAGCAUGGUGCUAUGUAUACAGUAACAUUUGGUAUUGCAGCUUGUCUCCAUUAAAGUGAAUGGUAUCUAGAUCCGAUACCCUACACAGCACUUGGACAAAAGUUACUGGGGCAAAAAGCAGAAAAUCUUUUCUGGACAGCGCCAUCGAUUGAUUGGGUUUGGGGCUUUACCCCACUGUAUCAUUCUCUGUUUUCAUUCAGAUAUUACAGUGGAUUUGUUUAAAUAUGCUGUGGGCUAAGCUAAUGUUUAUGAGAACAUAGGCUGUUCCCUAGGAUCAAUACAUGUUCUUAUUUUGUCAGGUAUCUACUGUGGCUCCUAAUAAAUUUAAUAUUCUACUUACUAGACACCCUACCAGGAGGAGUCUGGUUGAUUUGAAGUCAAAUAUUGGGUUCUCUAGGAACCAGAGACUACAUAGUCCAAAGUCUAGAACAUAAAUAUUUGCUUAGCCCAUGAAAGGAAAUCCCCAGUAAUAUUUAAUGUAGAAUUGGUCGGAUUGUUUUCAGUAUUUAAUGGGCCAACAAAAAGGUUGUCUCCAUUGAACGUUAUUCCAAAGAUAUAAUUGUCAGCGCUCAUGUCAGAUAUAAGGUGACCAUACAUAUAAAAUUAACAGUUUGCUGUACCCACCACCUUCAGAAAGAUCAACCAAUGAUCUUGUGUGUAUAGGGCCCUCCAAACUUUAACUCCGUGACAAAUGUUGGGCAGAGGAGGAGCAGACACGUUGGACUGCAGCAUGCCCAAUCCUUGGUUGUUUUUCUUUACACAUUGGAGUAAACAUGGCCUCUUGGCCUACAGAGUAUGCAUAUUUAUCAUUGAAUCAGGCCACUCAUCUGUAUGUUUGGCUUAAAGGGGUACUCCCAUGGAAAACUUUUUUUU